AUGGACUACAACCCCUGGGCGGAGUUAGAGAUCUUGUUAAUAGAGUCAGCGCUUUGUGAACUGACAGUCAGCAAUUCUGAACAUAAAAUGUACUUUCAUUUCCCGUCCACUUCUGAGUUCUUUGGGAGCAAAAUAGUAACGACGCUUCUAGAUGUCACCUUGCUAUCAGUCGAUCGUAAAGGAAUGGCGAAACAUGUUGGAGACGAAGAUGUGGCUUUGUCCUUUAUGGAAAAGCGUGAUGAAACAAUGGUUCCAUUGGAAGACUGGUGCAAUCAUCGUAAAAGACUAAUAACUGAGCUUAGAAGUAUAUCACCGCUUUUGAAUAUGAAGACCUAUCCCGUGGCAGCGAUCUGUACUGCUGCUCUAAUUGGUGCUGGUACAGUAGCGGUGGUUGGAUACUUUUAUCCGGAGCUGGCAAUUGCGGGCGUGCUUAUUCUUGGAGGGAUAGCCGUGGUUGUUGUGAUCUUCGAAGUUCUAAUCAAGAAGGAAAGAAAGCGCAAUAUGUACAGAGCAUUAGAGCUUCUGAGCCUUGACGUUUUUUUCACCUCCGAGUUUAUCAAAGCCAUCGCACCGCAUACAGAAGAAGAACCCAUUGUUCUGGACAUAGAAGAGCGUCUCAGCUGUCGAAAAGAUUUUAAGUCAGCCGUUUGGAUGAAAGUCUACCAUGCAUGGAAAGCAUUAGAGACGCCUCAUCACACUGCGAAUAUCUACGUGCCGAAUUUACCGGAAAUCUCUGAACUACUACGCAACUACGCCGAUAACGCGAAAGGAGAAUGUGAAGACAUCCGUCGAAUGAUGACUGAAAAUACAGCCUAAUAACACUGACAACGAGCUCAGCCCAUACUUUGCAAGCUUCAUUCAUGCUAUAAUGCUGUGGAUCUGAGUAAUUUGGUAUCUAGAUAUUAUACAUCCAAGUUUUCUCCAAUCAGCGAUCAACAACAAGAAUGGUAACAAAAAAGGACAAAAAUUUGUCAGCAACAUUCGUAGGAGCCGCAGAAGCGACCGAAAUUAUUUACCAGUCAACCUAAUAUUUGUAUAUGUAUG